AUGGGGUCCAUGGGGAGGGCACUACCGGCCACCGUCGACGAGAUCAGGCGUGCGCAGCGCGCGGAUGGUCCGGCCACCGUGCUCGGCAUCGGCACGGCGAACCCGCCGACGUGCAUGGCCCAGGACGACUACCCCGACUACUACUUCCGCGUCACCAACAGCGAGCACCUCACCGACCUCAAGGCCAAGCUCACCAGGAUCUGCAACAACAAGAAGUCCGGCAUCAGGCAGCGCUACUUGCACCUCGACGAGGAGCUGCUGGCCGCCAACCCGGACUUCAUCGACCGCACGCGGUCGUCGCUGGACGCGCGCGUGGAGAUGGCCUCCGCCGCCGUCCCGGAGCUGGCCGCGGCCGCGGCCGCCAAGGCCAUCGCGGAGUGGGGCCGCCCGGCCACCGACAUCACCCACCUCCUCGCCAAGGAGCUCGCGGAGAACAACCGCGGCGCGCGCGUCCUCGUCGCCUGCUCCGAGAUCACGCUCAUCGCCUUCUACGGGCCCGAGGGAGGCUGCGUCGACAACAUCAUCGGCCAGACCCUGUUCGGCGACGGUGCCGGCGCCGUCAUCGUCGGCGCCGACCCCGUCGCCCCUGUCGAGCGCCCGCUGUUCGAGAUGGCGUUCGCGUCGCAGACCACGAUACCGGAGACCGAGGACGCCAUCUCCAUGCAGAUCAGCAAAUGCGGCAUGGAGUACCACCUCUCCAGCCAGGUGCCCCGCCUGCUGGGGUGCAACGUGGAACGCUGCCUUGUCGACGCGUUCCGCACGCUCGGCAUCAGCGCAGCAUGGAAUGACCUUUUUUGGGCGAUCCAUCCCGGCGGUCGUGCCAUCCUGGACAACAUCGAUGAAGUGCUCGGUCUGGAGGACGGGAAACUGGCGGCGAGUCGCCGCGUGCUCAGUGAGUUUGGCAACAUGAGUGGCACCACGGUGAUUUUCGUGCUCGAUGAGUUGCGCCGCCGUCGGGCAGCGGCGGCCAAGCAGGGAGGGGAAACGCCGGAGUGGGGAGUCAUGAUGGCUUUUGGACCUGGAAUCACAAUCGAGACCAUGGUGCUCCACGCCCCUAGCAACCUGAACCUGGAGGGAAAUUAA